GCAAGUACUAUUGCGUUUGUGCCAUGGCUGCUAGAAAGUAUUAAGAAUUAGUGAAUCAGUAACAACAAGAGCACCAGUGGUCUAGUGGUAGAAUAGUACCCUGCCACGGUACAGACCCGGGUUCGAUUCCCGGCUGGUGCAAUCUGAUCGAGUUAUGAUGAAUCCUGCGCCCUCUGUGAGGGAGGUCCUCUCACCACCGUCCGAUUUGCGGACGAAAUGCGAGCGCAUCUGAACUCGAUUCUUUUUGUUUUUUUGACCUCCCCGUCUUUUUCUUCGUUUUGAUUGGUUUCAUCUGCCCAACACUUCCUCCCGUUUUCCCCGGUAGCUGCCAGUUCGUCCGGUAAUCGACCACUUUUCCACUCAACAACUACUCUUUCCAUCCCUGCAGAGUCCCGGUGUCUUGUUCAGUUUCCUCCUCAAUCAUCCCAGAGACAAACCUUUUUCUCCCAAAAAAUGGGGACUUGCUGCUUAAGGAGCCAUCAGCUACUGAUUCAGUCUCACCAUAACUUCAUCGGGUCCUCUUCCGGUUACCCUUUUCCUCCUUCUACUCAUCGUCAUCGUCGCCAAAGUUCCCGGCUCCUUCCCCAGGCGGUUCUCCCCCGCCGUACAACAACCAUCACCACUAGAAUUUGUUGCCAGUAUGAUGACACCGGCCGGAAACCAGCUCAGCAAUCCUCUUCUUCAACUGGAAUUCAACUUUAUGGUGAGAUUGAGAGGAUACUUACAGAGUCUGUGAGGCAGUCCCAGGGUGGUUGGGGCUCUUUGACUGACUGGUUUGAAAUUGAGGAUAAUAAUGGUAUUCUGAAGCGGGUUUCUUUUCCAUCAUGUUGCUUGUCUGAUCAAUUUCACCUUAAGCUCAUGCACGUUAUGUCAUUUCUGCUGGUUGUAUGCACAUGCCCUAUUAGCUAUUACAACGCAUGGCGAGCAUAUAGCAGAGUCUAAGUUCUUGUUUACCAUUUGGUAUGUUUGGAACUUGGCUGAACAACUACUUGAGCUGUUUCAUCUGGCUAUUUGGCCAUUGAGUUGCAUGUCGAAAUUGGGUUUUUCUUAAUGGUGGAUUCUCAGGGGGCAUGGGUUCUCAAGCCAAAAAAUGGAAGAGCUAACUCUGUUGUCCAUUUCAUUGGUGGCAUAUUUGUUGGAGCAGCACCACAACUAGCCUACCGAUUGUUUCUCGAGCACCUUGCAGAAAAGGGUGUAAUGGUGAUCGCUACACCUUAUGCCAGUGGGUUUGACUAUUUCCACAUUGCAGAUGAAGCUCAAUUUAAAUUUGAUAGGGCUUUGCGCUUCUUACAAGAACCUGUGCAAAAUCUUCCUACCUUUGGUAUGGGCCACUCUUUGGGGUCUGUCAUUCACCUACUGAUUGGAUCACGUUAUGCUGUGCAAAGAAGUGGAAAUAUAUUGAUGGCGUUCAACAACAAGGAAGCAAGCCUAGCUAUCCCGCUUUUCUCACCUGUUCUUGUACCAAUGGCUCAAAGCAUUGGCCCAAUUCUAUCACAGAUAGCCUCAUCACCGACAGUCCGCAUGGGGGCUGAAAUAACAUUGAAGCAGAUAGAGAACCUCACCCCUCCUUUCAUGAAACAAGCUUUCCCUUUAAUUGAGCAACUUCCUCCUUUAUACAUGGACCUGGUUAAUGGACGAGAAGACUUCAGUCCAAAACCUGAAGAAACUCGCCGCCUUAUAAGGUCAUAUUAUGGAGUCUCUAGAAAUCUUCUGAUAAAGUUCAAGGAUGAUUCCAUCGACGAGACCUCAUCGUUAGCCAAAGUCCUAAGUUCAGAAUCAGCUAUUAGCUCAUUACUAGACAUGUCAAUUCGCUCACUACCAGGAGAUCAUGGUCUUCCUCUGCAACAGGGGUUACCAGAUGUGCCGCCUGCAAUGGCAGAUGCAGUGAACAGAGGAAGCGAGCUGUUCACAAAUCUGGCAGUUGGAACGCCAUGGGAGACCGUGGCCAAAGAAGUAGGUAAUACAUUAGGGUCAGACAACCAGAUCCUGCGUGCGCAGGCCUCCAAGGACUUGGCCAAGCUUGUGGAUGUGAUCACCUCCUGGAUGGCUUCGAAUGCAGGUCCAAAGGCUUUAAGGCCAUGACGAAAGUAAGCUACCUCUGCAGCACGCCAUUGUUGAAAGAGAAAUCAAAAGUGGGGGGAAGUCACGGAAGAUAUGAUCUCACCAGUCUAAUCUUUCUAGAUUGUAAAGGAGACAUUCUUGUGUACAGAAAAGAAAAGGGAAUGUUACACAGAAUCAGAAGAUGUAAUGGGUUGCCGUGCCACAAAAGACAAAUGUUUGUGGAAAUGUUUAUUAGUAUGCAGUCCAUGGAUUGAAAACCCGUACAGGUGACCUGCCUUGUAAGAUUUCGGUUAUUAUGGAGAAAUUUGAACUGGUUAGAGGAACAUGGUUCAACCAGUAUACUGUGGUGUAUCGACUGGUUUGGGCUGUAGUAUGGCACUUCGGUAUCAUUUACAUGAAACCUACUGGUUGGUCAAGGAAGAUAGCAUCUAUUGCUUUCUGUUAGCUCCUGCCUUCCUAUUUCCUCUAAAAAAAAAAAAAACACUACUAAUACAAAUAAUAGUGUUAUCUCAAAACCCAGUGGCUUGUAUGCACCUCUAUUUUUCCUGGUCGCCCUCAACUCUGCAAACCCUAGAGGAUCUGAAUCGCCACUCUUCCCAAUGAACGAUUCCACCGCCACCAUCGUCGGUCCUGUCUCCACCGUCUCCAAACUUUCGAUAGCGAACUUCGAAGACGACAUACACAUCUCGGUAGCGGGGACUUGAUGCAUGCUCUGGAGGAAUCGCUAGAUGGACGAAAUCAUUGACGGCAGGACUCGCGUGACGAACCCGAAUUUCGCUCUGAGUAUCUCUAAUCUCCACAACACUUUACCUACCAAGCCGAAGUAUGGAUAGUGGCGCUUGAGCGGAAUCGCCCGACGACCGGCAUCUUUGAUGAGAAUAUUGUCGCUGGACAGAUCUGAUAGAGAAAGAAAGGCAGAGAGGCAGUUUAUGAGGAUAGAGUGAGAGAGAAUGGGGAGGGUAAGAGGGGGAGUGGGAGCGGCCGUG